AUGUCGCGAUUACUUUUUGCUUCCACAGUUGCAAUGCUCAUGCUGUUGUGUUUAGCGUUCACAAGCAUGACUGCUGCACACUCUUGGAUUGAUUGCACAGACUACACUGAGAAGAAUGGAGCUUACUCUUGCGCCUCCAAAUGCAGAGCUAGACCGAGAAAUUGGGCUGCCCAUACUGCCAUCAAUAGUGCCUUUGAAGGUGACAUCGGAUACAACCAACAGUCUGAAACAUGCAAAUAUGUUCUUUCAAAUUCUAAUUACGCGUCGUUCUACACCUCUGCUUAUCCUAUGGCCACUUAUCGUCCAGGACAAGAAGUAUGUUUGGCAUGGCCUGCAAAAAAUCAUGUUGCUGCAUCAUGUACAAAUCCAUAUAUUCUUGACACAAGUAAUAAGAUUUACAUUUCUGGUGUGAAUCCAACCAAUGAUCCAUCAACAAAUAAUUGGCAAUUAUUGGCCGAUUGGGGCAACAAUGUUUCUCCAGCUACCCUCGAAAAUGGUGGUGGAAAAGCCUUUCAAAACUGUCCAAAGUUUUGUGAAAACAUGGACAAAGUUCUAUGCACUGGGUGCUUCACCAUUCCCACCAAUCUUCCUGAAGGACGUUACGCCUUCCAAUGGAGAUGGGUCUUCAAUGCAGGAAGUCCUCCUUACACCACUUGUUGGGAUGCUCAAGUUACCUCCACUGGUACUCCUGUCACUCCAACUCCAUCCUCUGGCACUCAAAAACCACCUUCGAAUAAUAACAACAACUCACCUCUCGUGGGUAACGCUGUUCAUAUUGUUUCUCCACCAUCCAGACUGGGAUUAAGCACCAAGAACAUUCCUGUUGGUGUCGAUUAUAGUGCAUCGGUUAUUGUGGAUAUUGUUGUGGAUUUGUUAAGCGUUCCAGACUACAAAUGGUUUAGUAAGGCUAUUCAAAAGAAUGUCUCUCCUGGAUCUGGUACACUCAACUUGAUUAUUCAGGUUCAAAACUCUCCAACAGAAUUGAUUCAACAGUCUUCCUAUGUCAUUAAACCUUGGAUUGUGACAGCAGGAAAAGGAGAAGCUAAUCAAGGAUGGACUGAGGAGUUUGACCGAAAGGAGUAUUCGUUGGUGUUAAGUGACCGAGCUGCAGUAUCUGGAUCAAGUAAGAACUUGGGUUCUCUGUUCAUGUCAACGAUUGGACUGCUCAUGGUUGCUGUAUCGAUGAUUGUCGUUGUGUAA